AUCGCGCAGAGCCAACGAUAUUCCGCUGCUGAUUCCAGUACUUUCUGGGAAAUGGAGUCCAAGUUGUUUCUAAACAUAACUGUUCAGUUGUCCUUGAGACUCCAUUCCCCAGCAAGCUCAGCGCGUAGCGUGCGCUAUGGAGCCACAAGUCGCAGAACUGAAGCAGAAGAUCGAGGACACGCUGUGUCCUUUUGGCUUCGAGGUUUACCCCUUCCAGGUGGCAUGGUACAAUGAACUUCUGCCUCCAGCCUUCCAUCUGCCCCUGCCAGGACCUACCCUGGCCUUCUUGGUACUCAGUACACCUGCCAUGUUUGACCGAGCCCUCAAGCCCUUUUUAAAGAGCUGCCACCUGCAAUUGCUGACGGAUCCUGUGGACCAGUGUGUGGCCUACCAUCUGGGCCGUGUUAGAGAGAGCCUCCCAGAGCUGCAGAUAGAGGUCAUCGCUGACUACGAGGUACAUGCCAACCGGCGCCCCAAGAUUCUGGCCCAGACAGCAGCCCAUGUGGCAGGGGCUGCUUACUACUACCAACGACAAGAUGUAGAGGAUGACCCCUGGGGGACUCAGCAUAUAUCAGGUGUAUGCAUACACCCCCGAUUUGGCGGUUGGUUUGCCAUCCGAGGGGUAGUGCUGCUGCCAGGCCUAGAAGUGCCAGAUUUGCCUCCCAGAAAACCUCAUGACUGUGUACCUACAAGAGCUGACCGUAUUACCCUACUUGAAGGCUUUAAUUUCCACUGGCGCGACUGGACCUACCGGGAUGCCAUGACACCCCAGGAACGCUACUCAGAAGAGCAGAAGGCCUACUUUUCCACUCCACCUGCCCAACGAUUAGCCCUGUUGGGCUUGGCCCCACCCUCAGAGGGGCCUGGCUCUCCAUCCCCUGACCUUCCCCUUACCAUAGUAACCCCUAAGCCUCAGAAUCCCGGCAGAGCCCGAGGCUGGCUCAGCCCCAGCAUCUCACCAACCAUAUCCCCUGGGCCUUGAUACCUUCCCCCCAUGGGACCCCGAUUUACUUGCUAUAACUUAAUUGGCUCUGGCAAAGCAAGAGGUUUUAUUUUGGGUACUAUCUUUGAUAAUGGAGAUCUUCUAUGAAGGUUAAGUUUGAUCAAGAUAAAUCAAAGGCCAAGGAAGAUACAGAAUUUCCUUCUGCCUUCAAAUAUGGCUUGUAUCUGUUACCAUUUCUAUGCAGUGCCCCAAAAUCCUACUUGUUAUAGGUAAACAUCCCUUAAAGAGUACCUACUUCAUAGGGUUGUCGUGGGGACUCAAUAAACACAUGUGAAGUGUUUUGGAAAA